GCCUACGCUAAUAUAUUUCAAAUUUAAACUAGUUAAUCUGGUGCUCUUUCUUACUCUUCUUGUUGCUUCCGGAGAAAAAUUAAGGAAAGAGGAAAUGGCGGAAGGGCUCCACAAUGAGCUCUUCUCUUCCUUGAUCUCUGACAUAAAGACCUAUACAGGCAAAGACCCUCUCCUCCCAUGGCUCCGUGGAAUUCGAAAGUUGAAGGAAUCUCUUCCUCCUCAGCUUCUCAAGCGAAAGCUCCCCCGAUUCCUACAGAAAUGCGUUCAGACCUUCGAGUCUGAUCGGCGUUACCGGAAUGACUUGCGAUAUCUUCGUGUAUGGAUACAACUGUUGGAUUUCGUGGAUGAUCCUCGGGCACUCCUGAAAUCAAUGGAGGCGAACCGGAUUGGAACAAAGCUAGCCAUAUUUUAUCAGGCCUAUGCUCUGUACUAUGAGAAGCUCAAGAGAUUUGAGGAGGCAGAGAAUAUGUAUCGUCUAGGGGUGCAGAAUCUUGCAGAGCCUGCUAAUGAGUUGCAGAAAUCAUAUGAGCAGUUCCUUCGACGUAUGGAGCUAAAAAAAAGGAAAAGCAGGGAAGGAAGAACUGCCAUGAAGCCCCUAGGUACUAGGACCAUCCCUGCGCAGUCCAGAGAGAUCGAAGAGAAGGCAGUAGAAGAAAGCUAUCUUGACAAGGGGCAAACAGAUUCUGAGGUUCACCUUCACCCUAGUCAUCUUGGAAUAUCCAGUGAUUUUUCUUCAAAGGAGGAAUUCAUAGGAACUGUGGGCCCCAAAAGCUCCUUCAAGCAUCAAGAGCCCUUUUAUGUGGAAUCAGACAAACCAAGCACAGCCUGUAAUGAAGACACUGUUGUGGUGAAGUUUGUAGGUACUGCAAUUGUUGGAAAGUCCGAACCUGAAGAUGCCUGCCAUCAUGGUUUGGUGGAUCCAACAGUCAACAUGAAGGAAGUCAUGAAUGCCAUUAACGGCAUGUUUCGAGAGCCUUUAGAGCCAGAACCAGUGGGUAGGAGAAGAUCACAUAGAACCCAAGCCAGAGUAAAUCAGACCGUUAGCAAUGGAUUUGAGGUGUUCAUUGACAAUGGCUUGGAUAAUGGGGUUGUGUUAUCUGAUCAGAAAGUAGAAAAGGAUUCUUCACUUCCAUUGGACUUUGCACAUCCCACAAACCCAACAUCACCCAAGAGUAACAUUAGAUUUGAAACGAAGGAGCCACUUCAAGAACCGUUCAAAAUAUUUGUUGAUGAUGAGGGUGAUGUCAGCAAAGAUGAGAACAGCAAUUUAGGAUACCAUGAGGCUCAACAUCCUUCUGGAAGUACUGUGUUACCUGCUCCACAUGUAAAUACGUUUGUAUUUCCAUGUCCAAAAGACCUUUCACCCAGUGGCUCUGAUAAUCAGAACAUGGAGAGCUCAACCAGCUUGAAAUUCCGAGAAGAUACAGUUGUUUGUAGGUUUGUGGGAUCUACAAUUUUGGAUGAGCCAGAGGUGGAGAAUGCGUGCCACCAUGGCUUAGUUGAACCUACAAUCAACUUGAAGGAGGCUAUGGAUGACAUAAACAGCAUGUUUGGAAAACCAUUAGAUUUUGUGAGGAAUAACAGACCAAAGAAACAACAGAAAGUAUCAGAUAGUAAGAGAGAUUGCUGUGUUUUUUCCAUUUUGCCUGAUGACGAUGUUGUAGAUCAACCAAAAGCACAACCUCCAUCAAGUUCCUCUACCAAAUUGGUCAGGGAAUUUGAUUUAUAUGAGCCAACUGUGUUUACAAAGGAAGCCAUGGCUGAUAUUAAUGAGAUGUUUGGCAAGACACUAGACUAUUAGGAAGAUG